CCGGGGACGGAGAUCCAGUCGAAGGCUCCGAAAGGCGAAACAUAUGAAGAGAGGCUCAAUCAGAUGCUGGACGCUUUGGGUGCCAGACCCGCAUGUCCACGAACAGGAUCAACAAGCGGUUUGUUGGAGAAGGCCUUCUCGUGUUUGCGUGCUGGCGACGGGAAGCAAGCAGAAGAGCUUUUUGCAUCUGCAGUGCUUGUAACCGCAGCUGCACCAAACGUGGAUGCCAUCUACGGUAUGGGGGUGUUCCUGGAAGUCUCACACCGGCACACAGAGAUGUUGCAGUGGAUGGACUUGGCCAUUGAGCUGGACCCAAGGCACCUGGCAGCCUGGGAGGCUCGUUCCAGGUGUCAGGAGCACCACGGUCGCCUGGCGGAGGCGCUGGCGGGUUAUCGCCACCUGAGCCGUCUGGAUGGCCGCCUCACCCGGCGAAGGGAUGGGCUCUUGGAUCAUCAGCAGGUUUACAUCAUUCCCAUGGACGUUUGGAGCGAAAAUGUGGCCGAAGACCUAACUGUUUCGGCCAGGCCGCUUCAGACAGAGUGGCAGGAGAACUUUCAAAAGCCAGAGCCCAGCGCGGCUCCAGCUGCACUGAAGGGCGGAGUGGCUGCAUGGGACCAGGUGUUGAACGAGGAGUUGCUGAGGCAACUGGAUGCGUGUGUUGACGACCACUUCCACUACAUUUUCACCCAUCGUCGUGUCUUCUGGGCCGACGAGGACUUUCCGGGAUCUGCAGCAAAUAUGUGGCUCCCAUCUGAGAGAGCUCCGCGCAGUGCUCCAGAAGUGGCGGCACUGGGCAUUCUGCAGCACGUGCUGCAAGAAGAUGCGGCGGAGUUCAGCGGUGUGGAGUACUGGGCCAGAGUGAGGUCUUUCAAUCUGGGCGCGGCCUUUCACUAUGACACGGCCGUGGAUGCAAAGGAUGUCCACGGUGAUUGGAUCCAUGGCAACCCCUGGCGGCCUCAAUGGUCCUGUGUCCUCUACUUGACUGAUGGAGGUCCAACGCUGGUCUUGGAUCAGGUCCAUUGUGACGCAGGUUAUGUGGACCCGGUGCUUCCGGCUGCGGGGCAUUUGUGCAUGGCACGUCGCAAUCGGCUCCUGAUCUUCCGCGCCGAUCUCUUCCAUGGAUCACUGCCGGAGAAAAUCUGGUUAGACACCGACAUGUCGCGGAAAGUCUUCAUCUUCAACUUCUGGCGCCGGCAUGUUCCGGAGUCGCCCAGUUGCCAGCCACCGAAGUUGGCGCGGCAUGUGGCCAUGCAGCGGCACCGGCUGAAGGCCGAGGACGUCGCGACGUCGCAGGCGCAACUGGCGGAGCACUUCGCGGCGUCGCCGUUGACUGCGCCGCGCGCGGUGCAGCCACAGCUGCUGGCGACGAAGGAGGACUUCCCCCACUCCUCAGAUUUGGACUAUUUGCCAGUGCCUCUUCCAAUGCCAUCGAUGUCGCGGCUCUGUGCAGAGCGAGGCUUUUACCGCUUGGAUUGGCUGAAAGCAGCGGCGGGGUCAAAGUGCGGUGUUGGGGCUUCACCGGUCCAGGUGGAUCCCUCACCAUUGCAGAUGACCUUCAGACAACCUUUGGUGGUGAUCAGGAGAGACCAAGCGGUGGAAGUGGACAUGUCCCCAUCCUUUGACCCGGACAGCCCCGAGGAUCACCGGGGGUGCUGGGGAGCCAGCACUGGGCAACGCUUCCAGCGCCCGGAAGCACAGAAGCCUGCAGAACCCUGGGACACGGCUACCAUUCGCAUAGCCAUGUCUGAAAAAAAAGGGCAGAAAGGCUAG